AUGGAAUCUUCAGACAAGGGCAAGGAGUUGCCACGAGGUAGAAGAACCGCCAACGCAUGCCUACGAUGUCAGCAGAAAAAGAAACGAUGUGACGGCAACAUUCCUCAGUGUACCUCGUGCGCUGAUCACCAUUUAACUUGUACUUACCAGGGAGUGAGACGGAGAGGUCGAGGGAAAACAAAAGCCUAUUUAGAAAAGCUCGAGGCUCGAGUUACGGAAUUAGAGGCUUCUCUGCGCCGUGCUGCAAAUGUUCCUGCGGGGCCGGCAAACAAUACCAUGGCGUGGGCAGAGGAGCAGCUGGCACAGGCGUCCUCAGCAACAUGCGAGAACAGGACUGAGACUACUUUAUCAGGUGCGGCAAAUUUUAUCACCACUGCCUCCCACAAUGAACGGAGGCACGAGCCGAUUUAUUGUGAGCCAGAAGUAAGGGUCCCUGGGCCAGCGACAAUAUCUGGUGGUUACGAGAGGAAAAGAGCGGCUCUUAGGGAGAAGUUGUUCAGAAUGUUGCCGGAGCAAAACGUGAGAAAGCUCAAUUUGGAAGCAAACCGCGACCCUUUCACCAGCUCAGUCUUUAUCCAACUCCCUCCAAAAUUCCAGCUCCAAUCCAUGUUUGAGGUUGCCUUUACUGAGGCCAAUCACGUCCUACCGCUAUUUGAUGUCUCUGUCCUAAGGGAUCUUGUGGAACAACAUUAUUCGGACCCUACUGUUCCACCAGGGAAGCAACCUGGACGAUGGGCCAUGUUGAAUGCUGCGAUAGCGGUCGCGAUUCAGCUACGGACCGCCAGGGGCUCCUAUAGCGAGAUGACGGAACUGUCCUGGCACUUCUUUAAGAACUCAUUCAGCAUGUAUUCAGUCAUUGCCCUACGAGCGGCAGACGUUUUUGGCUAUAUGUACGCAGGGAUCGAGCGAUGUGCGAACAACAUCCGUUCUCCCGCACGUCUAUCAUUGGCGUUUGGAUUACACCGAAGGGAAUUUUACUCGGUCCUCGACCAUGCUGCCGCAGACCGCCAUAAGAGGGCCUUCUGGAUUGCAUAUAUACUCGACAAGAGCAUAUCUGUGAAGACAGGGUUGCCCUCUGUAUUUGAGGACGAUGCGAUAAACAUCGACUACCCAGACCUGCUUCUGUCUGCGUCAACAAUUGAUGGAAACGUUCCAGGAACUAGCAUGUCAGCCUUCGCUUUUCGAUUGAAGGCGGAACUAGCGACGAUUGAAUUCAGCGUGGAGAAACGGCUCUACUCCGAAUCGGCAGGAAGGCAGAAUGUACAUCAGCUACUGGACCUUGCAUCGGAGCUUGAUCAUCAGCUGGAGAAUUGGAAAGCGAAGCUUCCAUCGAGUUUACAACCUGAUCGCAUUGUCUGGUCAACAAUGCCAACAGUCAAGGAACCUAUCAUCUUAUUACAUUUUGCUUACUAUCGUGCCCUCAGUGAGAUUCAUGGCUUUGCAGCACACCUUAACCAGGAAGACGAUAUUAGUGUAAUUCGACAGAUUCAGUCCUCAAGGAUGAUUCAGGCAUCGGCAGCCUCACAAAUAAUCAACAUACUGCAAUACUUGCCUUGUGAGCAACCUGGACACCUUUGGCAUAUUCUAUGCUAUCCUAUAUCUGCCUGCAUCACUCUGCUGGCGGUAGUGCUUGAGAACCCUACAGAUGCACAAGCACAUUCCUACGCACGAUACAUUGGCCAUCUUGUCAGAUUUCUGACAAGGGUCCAACAAAACAAGGUCCUCGAGGCACAGUCAUUGCUGGAUUUAUGCUCCGAAUUUGAAAGACUAGCGCUCCAUGCUAUUUCGAAAGCAGCAGCAAACGGCACGGUGACUUCGACUUCCCCGAGCAUUAGUGCCGCCUCAGGUGUUCAAAAUUAUGGGCAGGCAAGUUGUAUUGAUAAUCAAGACGAAGGAGAAAAGACGUCCUUUUUAUUGACUGUGGCGCAGAAAAUUUUAUCUUAUACCACCAGCAGAACUAGUAGUCUGCAGCUUGCACAGGGACUUAUGGGCAACGUACCCCACCUAUGUGCCAUUGCUGCCAGGACCUUUUCUGGUCUGAUUCCUACACUGCAGUUAUCUCCAUCUACAGGCCUACUUUCACCAUCGUCGCUGAAUCCAGAAACGUACGGAUUUACUGUUAUGUAG